GAUAAGAAAGAUGAAAAAGAUAAAAAAGAUGAUAAAGAUAAAGAUGAUGAUAUCAAUGUAGUAGAUAAUCAAGAAAAAUUAAAAAAUGUUCCAAAAUUUGUUAUAAAAUUAAAAAAAGAAGAAGGUGGGAGAAUUUCAGAUUCUCAUUUCGUUUAUAAUUAUUUUGAUGGUGAAGAUUUAUUUAAACAUGAAGAUAAUGAAGGAUCAGAACUUACAAAUGAUGAAAUGAAACAUUGGAUAGGUGGAACCAUAAUAUUAAAAGGUUCUAAAAAAUAUGGCCAUAGAAUAGACGAAAUAUUAGAAUUAAUGGUUUAUGUCGUUUGUAAUUUAAGACUCGAGGUUUGUUUAUUCAGGGAUUACUCUGUUUUGAGAGUUGUUUCAAAAGAUAAUCAUGAUGCUGAAGACGUUCAAAAUGCGCUAAGAAAUUCUAGGCGUACUUCAAAAUCUUCGUGGCUUGGGUGGUUGAUGAAACAUAAAAACGUAUCAAGUAUUAAGGAGCAAAUGAUGAAAUCCUUAAAUGAAAAAAAUGAAAAAAAUGAAAAGCAUGAAAAGCAUGAAAAGCAUGAAAAACAUGAAAAGCAUGAUAAACAUAAUAAGAAUGAAAAGCACGAUAAGCAUGAUAAACCUGAUAAACUUGAUAAGCCUAAUUCAUUGAUGAGAAGAUUAUCGACAAAAAGAAGUUCAAUUUCAAAAUCAUCAACAAUUUCAUCAACUUCAAUAAAUACAACAAAUACGGAUGAUGACGAUGAUGUGAUAAAUUUGAAUAAUACAAACAAAUUUGGAAGUACAAUUCGUCAAAUGGAAAAGACUAUACUGUCAAUAUCUCCGGGUGUGAAAUUUCCUCCUCCGCAUCUUUUAUUGCGUUUAAGAGAGGAAGAAAAAGAAAUUCGUCUUCAUACAAAUUUGGAUGGAACGUUCAAAUCUUAUAUGGCAAAGGAUGUCUUGGAUUUAGCUAAUGAAUUCUCAAAUGGAAGUGUUAAUCCUACUGGAAAAUACCGAACUUAUGCAGCUAUUUCUAAGUCAAAUCAACUUUCUCUGGAUUUUCGUUCAGGACUUACAUAUUUGAUGACAAAUGAUAAUUCAUUAAAUGGUAUAUUCAAACAUCAGUCAUUAUCAUGUUCUUAUUCAAGAUUUUGGUCACCGACUUCAAUAUCACCUUGUCAUAAUCAUAGAAUAAUUACUUUAGAAUACUAUAACAAAUACAAUGAUCACGUUGAUAAAUCACUUGGAGAAAUGGUUAAUUGGUUUUGUGAUCAAGCUAAUGAAGUUUGCCAAGAUUCAUCAUGCGACCAUCCUGGAAUUGAUCAUAUUACUACUUACACUCACAACACGGGAAGGAUUAGUAUAAAUCUUGAAGAAGUUUCGGAUUCAAAAUCAAAUUCCUCAUCUAAUGUCAUUUUAAUGUGGACAGAAUGUAAAAUUUGUUCAGCAAAAACUCAAAUGAUUCAAAUGUCACAUGCGACUUAUUUUUAUUCUUUUGGAAAAUAUCUUGAACUUCUAUUUUAUAACGAAGAGUUUUGCUAUAAAAAUUUAUGUCAACAUUCAGAAUCACGAGAAUCUGUCGUUAGAUAUUUCCGUAGGGAUAAUUUGAUUGUGAAGGUUGAAUAUGAACAUGUCGACUUAUUUGAGAUUCGAUUACCGAAAUUGCAAAUAAGUCAAGAAGAAGCACAAAUUUCUAAUAAUUUAGGUGAAGCUGAAAAUAUCGACAAACUUUUCACUAUUGACGCUGAGGAUUCGGAUAGAUUACUUAAUGAAACGAGAUUAGAAGUUACAUAUUUUUAUGGUGUCGUUAAACAACAUAUUACGGCAUUAGAAGAAUAUUUUGAUUCUUUGUCUGCUCAUAGGAAAGAAACUAGUACUAGUGGAUGGGUUGACAUUAAAGUUGAUGGGAAUGAAAUCGAGGGUGAAGUAAAACAAGAUUAUAAUUAUCUUGAAAUGUUAGGCGAAAUGUUGAAAGAUUUUCGUAAAGAUGAAUUUGAACUUUACGAUAUUCUUAAGAAAUCAAAAGCUACGAUGUUGAAUGAUGUACGAAAAUUAUUGGUUACAAGGAUUAAUUCUACAAAAAAACGAUUAUUGGAUUGGCAAAAAAAGCACGUUCGUGAAGAAGAUUUGGAGAAAUUUUCAAAUAUUGAUUUAGGUGAACCGGAAUACGUAAAUUCAAACAUAUGUCAUGUUUUCCCUGGAUCUCCUAUUAUAGUUAGAGAAGAUGAGCCUACUUCUAUUAUCGCAUUGGCAUUAAGCUCAAGGGAAUAUUUAAAAGAAUUGUCUCUUAUGCGACAAAAUGUUAGGUUAUCAAUUACACAAUCAGCUCCGGUAACCCCCACGUCUGAACCUCAUCAACAACCUCAAGUUUCCAAUUCAUUUUCAUCAUUAAUUUCUUCGUUAACAAGUCCUACUCUUCAUGAUACGAUAAAUAGUGGUGAUGAUUAUAUGGAUCAGUAUAGUCUAAGUAUUCGACGAAAACUUGUAAAAGAAUCACAAGGAAAUGGAAUAGGUGAUAAAAUUUCUCAUGGAAUUGAAUCUCUUGGUGGUAUGAAUCCAUUUAAUUUGUCACUUAGCGGCAAAGAUAAGAAAAAAGAUCCAGAGAAAGACGGAGAAAAACCCACUUCAACUAAAAGUGCCGGAAAAUUUGGCGCAAUUUUUGGACAAAAGAAUGAAAAUCCCGAAAAACCAAAGGAUGAAAAUACUGAAAAUGAAAAGCAAGAGGUUUUCAACGAAAAAGUACCACUUGAUAAAGAAGAAAAGAAACCACAAAUAAUAGUUGAUCCUGAAAAAGCAGCAAUCGAGAAAGAUCAGAAGCAGUCUUUAAACGAGAAAGUCCAGAAGCAGUCUUCAAAAAACGAGAAAGUCCAGAAGCAAUCUUCAAACGAGAAAAAUCAGAAGCAAUCUUUGAAUGAGAAAGAUCAGAAGCAAUCUUCAAACGAGAAAGAUCAUCAGAAGCAAUCUUCGAACGAGAAAGAGUUACCGAAGAAAAAGGAUGAAACAAUAAUUACUUCUCCAGCUAGUUUUGUUAAAGAGUUCUCAUGGAAUCGGAAAUCUCCAAAGGAUAGUCCACAUUUAAAAUAUCAGGGCAUGCAUGGAAAUAAAAAAUUUUCAUGCACGAUUUAUCAUGCAACACAAUUUGAUUCACUUCGACGUCGAUGUGGAAUUGAAAAUAUUUGUAUUGAAUCUUUGUCCAGAUGUGAUUCAUGGAAAGUUACGGGUGGUAAAAGUGCAAGCACUUUUUUCAAAACAAAAGAUGAGCGACUUGUUGUAAAACAAAUGGUAUCAUCCUGGAGAACUGGAGAAAAAGAAGCAUUAUUGAAAUUUGCUCCAAAGUAUUUUGACUAUAUGAAUAAACCACCUAGUAAACCGUCAGUUCUUGCCAAAAUUUUUGGAUUUUAUACAAUAAAGAUUAAAGAUACAAAGAAGAAUAACGUUAUCUUGAAGAUGGAUGUUCUUGUAAUGGAACAUUUAUUCUUCGAGAAAACCAUAACAAGAAAAUUUGAUCUGAAGGGAAUCCAAGAACGCCAUACGAAAGAUCAAACGCAAGAUAAUGCGACAUUAUGGGAUGGAGAUUGGGUUGAAGGAAGAUACAAAUCACUUUUAUUAAUACAUUCACACUCCAAAAAACUUAUAAGAGAAGCGAUUCUUAAUGAUACACAAUUCCUGUCAGAUUCAAAUAUUAUGGAUUACUCAUUAUUGGUUGGAGUUGAUGAUGAAAAGAAAGAAUUGGUAGUAGGAAUCGUAGAUUUUAUCGGAACAUAUACAUGGUAUAAGAAAAUUGAAAAUAGAGGUAAAACUAUUGGAAGAAACCCUAAAGAAGUCACAGUUUUACCGCCAGAUCAAUAUAAAGAUAGAUUUAGGAAUUCUAUUGAUCAAUAUUUUUCGGCUGUACCAGAUAAAUGGAUAAAAUCACCAACUACGGAUGAUUUAUCACCUGAAGAACCAACACCUCAAACACCUCAAACACCCACAUCUCCUACUUCGCCGAUCAAGUCAAAAUUACCUAGUGUAUUGUAAAUUAUAUAAUUAUUUAAAAUUAUUUAUUAGAUGAAUUUUUACAUUAGCAUUGCAAAAGUAUUAUAGAUGAAAAAAAAGGACUAGAU